ACGCGGCACGCCUCCAUUGAGCCCUCCAUGCCGCCACCCCCUCUCCCCCUCCCUUCCGCCGCCGCGGCCGGCCAGUCUCCCCGCCCCCUCCCGCCUACGGGAUGGCGUCGUCGGGCGGGGACGCACCCGCACCUCCCGAGAAGAGGGGCCAACAAUAUGUGUUUCAAAUAUGUGUAUUGUUGAAGAGGGGCCACUGGUCAGGUUGUUUUCAUCGAUCCCAAUAGUAUGGUCUUCUGCAAAGUUGAGCUGAUAUUGUGAAGGCUCUUUUACUCACGCAGAAAGGGAUGAAUUUAUAGAAACCAUUCUUAUUUUCAUUAGCCUCAAGUCUAGCAAGAAUUUUUUUAUAAAACUAGAAAAAUGAUAAAUGAGAAUGUAUAGUUUGUGUUUUGGAAAAUGCCACAGAUAUCUCACUGAUAUGUGAAACCAUGAUCCAUGUCAGUUUCAUGGCUUGUUGAGUUUUUAGAACUGCAUACUUUGUGGUAGCAUUUUAUCAGAUUUUUUGUCAUUUUGUAAAUAAUAUGUUUGCUACAAAUACUAUAUGAUUUUCUGCUUCAUCAUGUUGUAAUGAGCCACUAGUUAUACAUUGUUUUGCUUGUGUGUGGAUGGAGUCUAGAAAGAGCAUAAUGAUCUACAUAUGGAUAUGCCAAGUGUAAUUAGGUGAUGAAUGCAGUAGGCUGUUGGGAUUAAUCUGAUACCAUGCAAUGUAAGGCUAGCUCAAUAGUAUUUAAUCAAAUGGCUCUCGGUUCAUUGAAAUGCCAUUAAGCUUGUUUGGUUUCUUUUCUUUGGCGAGAGUUCAACGUUCAUACUUCAUGUUGUCCUGAAUUAGGUCCAGUUCACAUGCCCGAGAACACUUGAUUGUUUAGCACUUUUGUUACUUUGGAAGGCAUCCUUUCUCCUUCGUUAGGCAUAUCCUUGGACAACUAUUUUCUAAACUUGAACUCCCUUUUUUGCAGUGUUAACAAAUGUUUCUAAUGCUGCAAGUGCACCUGAAGAAAAUAGACCUCGUUGUGGCAGCAACACCAGUUCAGAAAGUGCCCAGAAACCAUUGAGUUUUUUCCAAGAACAAGAGUCAAAUGAUGCUAGUGUUAGCACUGAAAAAGAAGAACCUGGCAUUUCAAAAUGCAAAUCAGUGGAAGAAAUACCAAGAGCAAUGACUGUAAAGGGGUGCAAGAACACUGAUUCAAAGAAAGUCUUCCCAAAUAACAAUAAUAAUUCAGGCCUUGCUGGUAGCCAUGCUCAGAAAAAGCAGCCAAGAAGGGGUGAGCAUCUUGUUCAACUAUGUGAAAAAGGAAUAUCUCAAGACACAAAGCCUCCUAACAUAAGGAUAUGCUUAAAUUCAGCCUGCAAAGCAGUCAUGAACUUAGAUGAUGCAUUUUGUAAGAGGUGUUCGUGUUGUAUUUGUCAUGAGUUUGAUGGCAACAAAGAUCCUAGCCUUUGGCUGGUCUGCUCAUCAGAGACUGGUGGUAGGGAUUGUUGUGGGUUAUCCUGCCAUAUUGAGUGUGCACUCCAGCAUCAAAAGGUAGGAUGCACAGAACUUGGACAAUCUAUACAGCUUGAUGGUAACUACUGUUGUGCUGCAUGCGGCAAGGUUACUGGAAUUCUUGGGUUUUGGAAAAGGCAGCUGAUAGUUGCUAAAGAUGCCCGUCGAGUUGAUAGUUUCUGUUCGCGCAUAUAUCUGAGUCAUAGACUUCUGGAUGGCACAACCCGUUUUAAAGAGCUGCAUCGGAUUGUAGAGGAUGCAAAAGCAAAGUUGGAAACUGAAGUUGGGCCCCUUGAUGGUACAUCAUCCAAGAUGACCCGUGGCAUUGUUGGACGGCUGUCUGUUUCUGCUGAUGUGCAGAAACUUUGCUCUUUAGCAAUUGAAAAGGCAGAUGAGUGGCUGAGGUCAAACAUUCCAUCUGAAACAAAACAAAUUGAUACACUUCCUGCUACCUGCAGGUUUAAAUUUGAAGAUAUUACAGAAUCAUCAUUGUUGUUGGUUCUUAAGGAAGUUGUUUCCUCAACGCACCAUGUCAUCAAAGGAUAUAAACUCUGGUACUGGAAUAGCAGGGAACCUCCAUACACAGGAGAGCCUGCUGUUUUCCCCAAAGACCAAAGAAGGAUACUGAUAUCCAAUCUGCAGCCCUGCACAGAGUACUCCUUCCGUAUUAUUUCAUUUACUGUGGAUGGUGAACUGGGCCUUUCUGAACACAAGAUCUUUACCAAGAGUGUGGAGAUCAUUCGUAAGAACAAAGAGAACAGGGCAGAAGGUUGGCCAUCUUCUGCCAAGAGAACUGGUAAGAGUGAUCAUGGUACGUUGUCAGGCUUCCAGGUCCGCCAGCUGGGUAAUGUCUUGCGGAAGGCUGAUGAGAAUGGUUACCCUAGUGCAUUGUGUAAAGAUGAGAUUGAAGAUUCAUGCGACCAGAGUGAUUCUGUAAUACUAGAAAAGGACCAGGUUCCAUGCAGUGCAUCCCACAGGCUCGAUCUUAAUGAGACCUCAGUCCCGGACCUGAAUGCAGAGGUAGUCAUGCCAACAGAGUGCUGCCAGGAUGAGAACGGAUGCAGCUCAGGAAAGAACACACUGGCACAGUCCAAUGGUUGUGGUGACUCCCAGACUUUUGCCGAGGGGUAUUCUGGGGGGGCGAUCAUGGAAUCCCAGUCACAGAGUCGCAAGCAGACAUCUGACCUGGAGCAGGAAACCUGUGCUGAUGGCAGCAACUUGGCAACCGCCUCAGCUAGGCUCUUCUCCCAUAGGUUAGGCCAGUUAGAUGACAACUAUGAAUACUGUGUGAAGGUUAUACGAUGGCUAGAAUGUUCUGGACACAUAGAAAAGGAUUUCAGGAUGAAAUUCCUAACCUGGUUUAGCUUGAGAUCAACACAGCAGGAGCGUAGAGUUGUGAUCACCUUCAUCCGCACCCUCCUUGAUGAUCCCAGCAGUUUGGCCGGCCAGCUCCUGGAUUCAUUCCAGGAAAUCGUUGCUAGUAAGAAGCCAAGAACUGGUUUCUGUACUAAGCUUUGUCACUAACCGGAUUGACAAAAAAAAACUCAAAAGGGUGCUGCCUAAUACUCUAAUACUCUUACAAUAGGGAGAAUAACUGGAAUCAUAGUGUAAUGCUAUUUUUACCUUCUGAUACAUUUGUAUGUAGUUAGUUUGAUGUUGCUGUGUGCCUCGCGGGCACACCGUACCCAGCGCACACAAAGCCUCGCACACAAAGCCUCGCAGGAUAGAGAGGCGUGUUGCUUGUAGUUUGGCUGUGUGCGGCGCGCACACCGGUGGCAACAACGAAAAGUUUGAUGUUGCUGUGCUUGGAUAUUUGCCAUGAUUACAUGAAUUAUCGAUGACUGGCGCACAGAAUGAAAGCUAUUAUCAGGCUUAAAUUGUUCAGUA